AUGAUGCGCGCAGUGGUGUUGAAGGGCUUCGGCGGCGCUGACAUGAUGACCCUCGGCGAAGUCCCCAAGGCGGCUGUCAAGAAGGGAACGGAUGUGCUCAUCAAAGUAAUGGCAGCUGGCGUGAAUCGUGCAGGUGUCUCGCAAUGGCGUGAUCGCUAUGAGCUUCCAGACGGCGCGAACAGCCUUCUAGGACUCGAGGUGGCGGGUAUCGUGGAGCAGGUAGGCUCGGACGUGGUCGGCAGGGUCAAGGAGGGAGACCGGGUCAUGGCGCUGCUGCCCGGCGGUGGCUACGCGGACUACGCCGUGGCGCACAUGGGUUGUGUGAUGGCGAUGCCGCAGGGGUACACCUUCACCGAGGCCGCCGCCAUCCCAGAGGCCUUCAUCACGGCGUGGCAGAUUCUCAAUCGCCAUGGAAAGGUGAAGGCGAGGCAAAGGGUCCUCAUUCAUGCUGGUGCCAGCUGCAUUGGUAGCGCUUCUGCGCAGAUAACGGAGAAGUAUUUCAGGGCAACCGCUAUCACGACUUCGCCGGAGGAAAAGUUAGGCGAGUGCAAGGCGUAUGCAAGCGUGGCGCUGAGUCACGCGCGCGACGAGCUUGGCUGGGCCUUUGCGCCGAAGGUAAAGUGCCUCUUCGGUGAGGAGAGUGUGAAUGUGAUUGUCGAUUCGGUCUUUGGUGGGACGUACCUCACCGAGAAUGCCCAGGUGCUCGCACCGAAUGGCCACCUCAUUGUCAUCGCCUUCAUGGGCGGGGCUCUGGUGCGAGUGAAUGCGCUGCCGCUCUUUCGGGAGAAGGCGCAGAUUACCUUUUCCAAGCUGCACUGCCGCAGUGACCAAUACAAGAUGGAGCUCGUCACCUCCUUCGAGCGCGAGAUUGUGCCCUACAUGAGCGAGCGCAUCAUCUCUACGAUUGUGAGCCGCACUUUUCCACUGGAGGAGGCGGCCAGUGCGCACAAGUUUGUGGAGGAGAACGGCGACUACGGCAAGGUAGUCUUGACUGUUUGUGAGCCGUCAAAGGCGAUCUCGUAG